AUGGCGGACGAUGUGGACCAGAAACAAACUACCAAGACUGUAGAAGAGCCCCUGGAUCUUAUCAGGCUCAGCCUGGGUGAGCAAGUUUAUGUGAAAAUGAGAAACGACAGACAGCUUCAAAGUAGAUUACAUGCUUAUGAUCAACAUUUAAAUAUGAUAUUGGGAGAUGGGGAAGAAACUGUGACUACGAUAGAAACUGAUGAAGAAACAUAUGAAGAGAUAUAUAAAUCAACAAAACAGAACAGUCCAAUGCUUUUUGUCCAGGGAGAUGGUGUUGUGCCAGUUGCCCCUCUAUUGAGAGUUGGUUGA